GGAAGUUGAGGGUAGCAGUGAAAAGGAAGCUACUUGAGCUCAGCACCAAAUAAAAAAAACACGGACACCCAAAGCAGUUCUGCUGUCUAAACCCUCUAAACUGCAAAGUGGAUGGAUUUUUCAAGGGUCAAAAGAAGCCACAUAUGAACAGCCAUGUCAGGCAGAAAACCUAAGAAGAGUCAGAGGCUCGGUUCAUCUCGACGAGGCCCUAGAGGUCUUAUCAGAAAUAACGAGGAGAAAGACAACGAUGAUGGAAUUCCACAAAUUGCAGAAUGUGAAGAUGGACAGUAUGAAUCUCACACCACUACUGGUAACCAAUCAGGUGAUACUGCUUCACAUGUCCAAUUUGAUCAUUUGUCAAGCUCGAGCAUUGUUCAGCAAAUUUCCUCCUUUGAAUGUUCUCCACAUGCAAGCUCACAGAGUUACAAGGAUGCAAUCGUGGAGACCGAACUGCCUGAAAGGAAAAGAAAAAUGGGAUCAACUCGCAAGAGUACUGGUGGGUUUAAAGUUGAGAGAAAACUAGAAUGUGAAGCUGUUGAUGAGAUGAGGACCUCUGAAGAGUUAAGUGAAGAGCAACUAGCUGAACCAAUCACAUCAGCCAUAGAAGAUCAGAGUAAUAUUCAUGAGCAAUCAAGGUCAUGGAAUUUUCCUUCUAAUCUAUCCCAAAAGACUAAGAGUUCCGGAUUGGGAGGGGAGCUCAAGACAGCUCACAUUGAGGUUAUGACUUCAAAAGAUAACGAAAACGAUGCAAUCCAACAUCUAGAAAUAACCUCUCAUAGUCAUACUAAGGAUCUUUCCUCAUAUGAAGGUGAAAGGGAGAUGGGGCUUUCUGUCCACUCCAGUGCGGUCACAUUAACUGAAAGUAAUCUGUUGCUCCGGGAGCAAACCCCUUUAGCUAGCACCACUGGACAAAAAAGAAAAAUGGGCUCAACUCGCAGGCCUCUUGGGGGAAACAGAGGAGAAGGAAACAGAAAAAAUGUAGAGGUACUAGAACAUUCAAGUAGUACAGAGAGGGUUGAGAAAGCAGAAGUACGUGCAGAGUUCAACUUGUCAGGAGAGAUGAUGCAAACGUGGGAUGAUGUGGUAAGAACGGACAGUACUACAGAUACAUCUUCCCACACAGAAUUAGCUUUUAUUUCAAAUCAAUCUUUCUUGUUUGAGAGCGCUAAAGAACCUGGUGUUUCAGCUGGAACUGAAACCAAAAAACAGUCAGUUGCUUUUCCUGUUGGUGAUCCAGCAAAGCCCCUACCUGAAACCUCUAGCCACGACGGAACCCCUUUACUCAAUGAAAAUUUGAAAUCUAAGAUUGGUUCAGAUGCAAGCAACCACUCUAAGGAUUUUGAUGCUUGUCAGAAUGUGACUAUCACAACAUCAUCCCUUUCUAGGUCAGACGACCAUGUGCUAAACACAGAUUUCAAAGAAGUAGGAUGUAAUUUUACUGACUGGAACCAUAAUGAACCUGAUCCAAGAAGCGACAAAAACACAUCUGAAGAGUUUAGAGCAGUAAACAUGGGAGAGACUGAGGAGGUUCUAAAGCAGAAAGAGGAACCAUCUAGAAAUUAUCCAAUAAUGACUUUAUCAUCAAAACAGGAUACAGUAUCUGAGGAACUUGUGUUUAAUGAUGAGGAAUCUUCUUCAGCACCCAGACAACAUCAUAGUACUACAACAGAUAAUAACUGUGAUCUUUCUACUGAUGUACUUACGACAGGAGGAAGCAGAAGUUCUGAUAAGCUUGAGUUAGAUAUUAUCCAUGCUGAACCCACAGCAACAGAUACACCACUUGAGAUGAGUAAUACAGGCCCAUACACUUCAGAGUUUGCAAAGAAAGAGACUUUUACAGGAUCAAGCACUUCAAAACAAAGGAGGAAGUUAGGGUCAUCUCAGUUUUCAGAGGGAAGUCAAUUCUCAUGUGAUGCCAAGGCAGAAACUAUUGUUUGUUCUCAAUCACCUGUUUGCUCUCAGUCUCCUGAGUCUACAGUAAACAAUGAAGCAUCACCUGCGAAUUUUGGCAGCCCUGUUGAAGAAGGUCAAGAGAUUUAUGUUGAUAAGAAACAAGAAGGGAACAUCUGUGAUGAUAGUGUUUCAUCCAGAGAAGUUAAGCUUAUUGGAGCUACAGUUUCAGUAAACAGUGAUGUGACUUUGGAGUUAGCCGAUGCCAAUGUUAAUACCUUGGAAGGGGAUUAUAUGAGUGACAGAGAGAGUCACUCUUCAAUGGUGAAGAUGUUGCAUGAUUACAAGAAAAAAGGUGUAUGUCCCCAAACUUCGGCAACAGGAGAAAAUGAGAGUAUGGUUACUGAAACAGGAUCUAAAACAGAUGAUACAUUUGAGAUGAUCGACUGGGAUGAUGUGAUAGAUCACAAUAUGAUGGAAAAAACUGUGAAAGAAAGAGAUAAUGAAGAUGAGGGGGGAACGACCACAGAAAGAGUUAUCAUUUCAAAUCAGGAAUCAUGUGAAAAUUCCGCUAAAAAAGAGAUGUGGCAUAUAGAGACUACUCUAAAACAAGAGCAAAAGCCUUCUUCAAAUAUAUCUCAAACACAAAGUGGUGCACUACAGCAUGAUGCUGGCCCACACUUACCAGAGGACCAACAAAGAACAACACAUUUUGUAAGAGACAAUCCUGCCUUUGUAAGUCAUGCUGAUUUUGUCAUGUCUGAUGCACUGCUAAUGUUGGAAACCUCAUUAAAUGUAUACCAAACACAAAGUGGUUCACCACAGAAUGAUGCUGAGAAGAAAUUGGAAAUUGAGAUGGAUGUUGGUGAAAAGAAAGAGGGAGAAACUGAGAAUACUGCAAUUGAUGAUGUGUCAGAGGAAAUAUUUACUCUUGAAGAAGUUACAGGAUCUCACCUACACCAAAAACUCUACAGUUUAUCUCCUGGUAAAGAAGGCCAUGAUGUUAUCCAAAGAGAUGAAGGUGUGUAUGAGGAAAGUGAAGAGAAAGAGAUACUUCUCAGGGCAAAAUCAGAGUGUGCAGCGUUUGAUCGAGAGGAUGAGAGAAGUGACAAAGACCUAAAGAGUCUAGACUUCAAGGAAACAGAAAGGUAUGAGGAGAUGGAUGAAGCACCUGCCCCAAUAUUAGAUAUGUCAAAACAUCUAACCAAUGUAAACACUGAGGGAAAUGAUAGCACAUCAGAUUUAAAAACAGAAAAUCCAGAGAAAAACGAAGUAUCAACAGAAGAGCAAAAUUAUACAAACAUGGGAAAACAGACACUUAACAGUGAAGGUAUGAUGAAUGUAGAGGAAGAAAUCCUCAGUUUGGAGAAAGAACCCAGUCCAGUUCAAUCUAUAUUAAGAACAUCAAAGACAGAAUAUGGAGCAAAAAAACAGAAGGAUAUAGGUGUGGAGAAUGAUGCUGGUCCUUCUGAAGGAUUUGACUCUACUUUUAUGCAGUCAUUAAGUAGUUCAGAUUUAGUGUCUGAGGAAUCUACUGCAGUGAGUAUCAGUGACAAAAUAGAAUCAAAAACCAUAACAGAAUUUCAUGCAGAGUCUCUUGAAAAUGCUGGAGAUGUAGGAGUGCCAGUAGGGGGAGACACAGAACCACACUUUGAAAAUCAAACACAGAACAUUACUGUUGACUCAACAAGGAAUGAAGGAGAAAGAGAAGAGAUCACCCAUGAUGUUAGUGUUCUUGUCAAAUCAGUUGAAGUUAUUGGAGAUAUAAUUACAGUAAAGAGAAAUAUAACUAUUGAAUCAGAUUUUCUUCAAAAUUAUACUUCUUAUGAUGCAAACCUGGAAGCAUUUAAAGUAUCUGAAAAUGGUGAGAAUGUUUCUACUGUGACUGAUUCUGGUCUUCUCUUCAGAGAUGUUGCCACUGUAGGUUCAGGAGAAGCAGCCACAAUUCCUGAAAUCAGCCUCAUUCCUGAAGAUUCACACAGACAGGAGGUACACUCAAAAUUGGAUCCGACUGCUCACAAGCGAAAAAUGGGCUCAACUCGUAGACCUCUCAGAGGGAACAAAGGCCAAAGAAAGGGAAAAGAACAUCAUGAUGAAGAUGAGAGACUUAACAGUGAAGGUAUGAUCAAUGCAGAGGAAGAAAUCUUCAGUUUGGAGAAUCAGCACAGUGCAGAUGAAUCUACAUUAAGAACAUCCGAGACAAAAGAUGGAACUACAGAAAAGGAGAGGGAAAUCAGUGUUGAGAAUAAUACUGGCCCUGUUGGAGGGGUUGUGUCUGCUCUCAUGCCAUCAUUAGGUAGUUCAGAUUUUGAGGAAUCCACUGCAGUGAGUAUCAAUGUCAUAAUAGAAGCACAAACCCACACAGAAUUUCACUCAGAUACCCUAGAAAAUGCUGGAGAUGUUGGAGGAGUGCCGUUAGGAGGAGACACAAAACCACACUUAGAAAUUCAAACACAGACAAUAAAUGUUGACUCAACAACCAAUGAAGGAGAAAGAACAGAAGAGAACACCCAUGAUGAUUGUGUUCUUGUCAAAGACGAUGAAGUUAUUGGAGAUAUAAUUACAGUAAAGAGCAAUAUGACUAUUGAAUCAGAUUUUCUUCAAAAUUAUACUUCUCAUUAUGCAAACCUGGAAGCAUUUAAAGUAUCUGAAAAUGUUGAGAAUGUUUCACCUGUGACUGAUUCUGGUCUUCUCUUGAGAGAUGUUGCCAAUGUAGGUUCAGGAGAAGCAGACACAGUUCCUGAGAAAACUGAAAUCAGCCUCAUUCCUAAAGAUUCUCACAGACAGGAGGUACACUCAAAAUUGUAUCCGAUUGCUCACAAGCAAAAAAUGAAGGGUGGAGAAGAAUCCAAGGAAAGGGAUGGAGAUAAGGAAGGAGUGGCAGAUGAGGAAUAUCAACAUUCAGAAAUUCUAGAUCAGGAUAAAAAGAUAGAUCACAAUAUGAUGGAAGUAACAGAUAAUAAAAGAGAAAAUGGAAAGACCACAAAGACAGAACCAUGUAAUGAUUCAACUGGAAAUGAGGAGUGGUUUAGAGAGAUUAUUUUAGAACAAGAACAAAGAUCUUCAUUAAACAUAUCUAAAACACAAAUUAAUGCACCACAGGAUAAUGCUUGCCCACAAUUACCAGAGGACCAAGAAGGAACGGUGGAUUUUGUCAGAGACAAUCCUGCUUAUGUAAGCCGUUUUGAUCCUGUCUUGGCUGAUGCUCUGCUAAUGGAGGAAGCUAAAAUUCAUGCAUCAUCUGAGCAUGUUGUUAUGCUUGACAGUUGUGCACCUCAAACAAAGGAUAGCAAAAUGCAUGCAGCAUCCAACAGAACCUUGCAGAAGAGAAAAAUAGGAUCAACUCGGAAAACUCAGAGAGGGAAAAGAAUGGAAAAUGAGCGUGAUGUUAAAGAAGAAAAAGAGAUUGACAGGGCCACAAAGACAGAGGAAAUAUUUACUCUCCAAGAAUCUAAUUUACACCAGCAACAGUUUAGUUUAUCUUUUGACAAAGAAUCCCAUGACAUUCAGCAUGAUGAUAGCAAACCAGAUGGACAGACUGAAAAUCCAGAUCAAAAUGAAGUAUCAGUAGAGGAGCAAAACGAUCCAAAUUCUAAUAAUAACCUGGAAUCAUUGAAAAUAUCUGAAUGUGCUUCUUAUGUUACUGCUGAGAAUGUUUCAGAUCUCCCUUUGGAAGAUGUUGUAACAGUAGAUUCGAGAGAGACUGACACAAUUGCUAAACAAAUUGAAAUCACAAGGAUCAUGCCUGAAGAGUCUCACAGAGGGGAUGUGCAAUCAAAUUUACAUCCAGUUGUUCAAAAGCAAAAAAUGGGGCCAACCUGUAAGAUACUCAGAGGAAACAAAGGACAGAGUAAAGAAGAAGAUGAAUCCAAAGAAAAGGAUAGAGAUGGGGCAGCAAAGGAGCGGGACACAGAACCAAACUUAGCAACCAGUGAAGGAGAAAGUGAAAUUAAAUUUAAUGAAGAUACACAGAGAAGAGAAGAGUUCGGAGAGGUUAACAGAUACAUUGAUUGGGCCAUUCAUCCAGCAGCUACUUCAAAAAUAUUUUUCAAAACAGAGGACGAAGUGAAUGAAGUUUCAGUAGUAAGUCAAGAAAAGGGACCCAAGAAUACUGAAAAUGAGACUAAUAGUCAAGCUUUCACAACAUGUACUGUGAUUGAGACAAAGACAAUCAAUCUCUAUGAGGGGACAGAACACAAAUGUGUCUUGACGCUUAGUCCUGAAGAUACUCAUCAGACCAUUUCUGAAGAUUACUUUGACCAGCAUGCUUAUAAAGAACCAGAAACUGAAAGCACCUGCCAUCUUGUUCCAUCAAAGGAAUUAAAAAGCACUCAGGAUGAUGAAAAUAGAAUAUCUGCUACCCAAGGAAAGAAGAGAAAGAUGGGCUCAACUCGGAGAAAUCCUCGAGUACUGCAAAGUAAAAUGAUAAACGACCAAGAAGAACUGGAAAAAGAGCAUCUUGAAUGUACUGAAGAGGCUGGUACAGCAGAAGAUAGACAAAGUGAGAAGAAACCAGAGGAAAAUAGAGUGUAUGUGGAUGAUUUCUCUGUUGUAUCAUCUGAAAAACCAUAUAAAUUCAUAAAUAGUCAGUCCAAGGAUGUGUCAUCAGAGGCAUUCAAUAUUAUAGAUCCUGAAUCCGAAAUAUUAGUAAGUACAACUGAUUUGAAAGAAGAUGAAAAGGAUUAUCAGAAUCAUUCUGACCUAAGUGAAUCAAUGGGGCCUGAAAAACUGGAUAAAUCAGAGAACUGUCAAACAGGUGCAGUUGAAAGAAAUACCUUCCAAAUUUGUGAUAAUCAGCUGACAAUGUCAAAACAUCCCCAGUCUGAAACCAUUAACAGUGAGAAAAGAAGGAAGAUGGGCUCGACUCGCAAAAAUCUCAGAGGAGAAAAAAGAGAGGGUAAGAGAGAAGGAUAUGAGGAAAUUUUGGGCACACAUCCGCAGAUACAGUUUACACCAAAAGAGGAUCCAGUCUUAGCAUCUGAGGACAUAGCAUGUGGAAUGAACAUAGUAGGAAAAGCAGUAGGAGAACAAACAAUUCCUGAUAUCCUUGAUAAGUCAGAGGGUUCACUUCUCAGUGAGAUAGAGAGCAUGUUGAAUAAAACCUCUCAAAGUCCACUAAAUCUUGACUAUGAAUUGAUCAUUAAUGAUCCAAACUCAAGUGACUUGGUAAACACUCCAAAUGAAACAUCUUAUCCAGUCAGUAUGACAGAAAACUCACAACCACAAGAUGGCAAAGGCCAAGGCUCAUCUCUCCAAAGCUCUAAAACUAACACUGAACCCAUCUCACCAGGAAGACGAAGAAAAAUGGGUUCAACUCGCAAGAAUCCCAGACAACUGCUCAAAAUAGAGAAGGGGGAUGAUGAAGAAGAGGAUAAGAAAAUUGCAGAGAACUUAGAGACAAGUAAACAAUUAAGAAUUGCUCUUAGGAAGGACCUUGAAGCAGCUGAGGAACCUAAUAUUACAGAAAACAAGGGGAGUAAAGAAUAUCUUGGUGUACCCAGUGCACUCACAAGUAGCUCUCAGCUAGAAGAGAGUGGUAACCCUAUUGUCCAAGAAAGGACUUCACCAUCAGCCAAAAGGAAAUUUGGGUCCAGGCGUGCUAAUAAGGGCAACAGAGACCUUGGUGGGCUGGCCACUUCUGAAAGCGGGAAUGAAUUUGAAGAGGGAGAAGAUAAACCACACAGAUCUGAGGUCAAGGACAAUCUGCCCAGAGAUGACUUGACGGUUUGUGAUCCCUGUCGCAGCUUACGACCAGAUCAACCAAUUUUCCAAUCUGACUCUGAGCAUAGCAACAUGGAAGCCAGAAAUGAAGAAGCUGCAAAAUCUCUUCCAAAAGACAAGGCUGUAUCUACACAGGAAGGCACUGGUGCUUGUCUAGUUUCUUUGGACCAAAUCAUAAAAGCAGGACAGCAUGAUAAAAGCCCUGGAAGUAGACAGACAACACUUUUAAAGAAGAGCAUUGAGCAAGAUACUGAAAUAGCUCAGUUUAAUGUGGUCAUUGUGGGAAACAGCUGUGUGGGGAAAACUUCCUUUAUAAGACGCUUCAAUGAAGGACAGUUCAGUCCAGAUUACCGCUCUACAAUUGGUGUUGACACGUGUGUACAGACUGUUGAGCUGCAUGACAGAUUUGUUAAACUGUACAUAUGGGACACAGCAGGUCAAGAGAGGUUUCACAGCAUCACCACACAAGUGUUCCACAAGGCCGACGGGCUUCUGCUCAUGUACGAAAUCACAUCUCCUAAUAGCUUUAUUUCUAUAAGAGACUGGAUCUCCAAAGUUCAGGAAAGGGCUCCUGACAAUGUCAUCAUGAUGUUGCUUGGGAACAAGAAUGACUGUGUUGAGCGUAAAAUCCAGAUUCAAGAAGGGGAGGAUCUGGCCAGAGAGUAUAACAUUAAUUUCAUGGAGUGCAGUGCUUCAACUGGGGAUAAUGUUUCAGAAUCCAUGAGGACUCUCACUCAGUUGUUAGUGCAGCGGAAGAGACAGAAGAAGCAGGAACACACGACAUUGAAAAGAGAGCAACCACAGAAGUCUAGUUGCUGUUGAACACACACGCACGCACGCACACACUAUCAUUAUGAGGACUCUCCAUAGACAUAAUGAUUUUUAUACUGUACAAUCUAUAGAUUCUAUCCCCUAACCCUAACCCUACCCCUAAACCUAACCCUCACAAAAAACUUUCUGCAUUUUUACAUUUUCAAUAAAACAGUUCAGUAUGUUUUUUAAGUGAUUUAAAUUAUGGAGACACUAGAAAUGUCCUCAUAAACCACAUUUAUAGCAUAAUCCCUUGUAAUUACCAGUUUGUAACCUAAAAAAUUGUCCUCGUAAACCACUUAAACAUGCCCACACACACACACACACACACACACACACACACACACACACACACACACA